AUCUCCGCUGCCGAGCCGCAGCCAUCGACCAUCUGCUCAAACUCUGCUCAGAAUCCUCCAACAAUGGCGCGAUCUUUCUCUGAUCACCCUGGUGAUCUUCUCAUCGAGAUUAUGGGGAAGCUGGAGGUUGAUGCGGAUCAUGUACGGGCCUCCUCCGUCUGCCUUAGCUGGCUCACCGCCGUAGAGACACUCUGUGUCUCUCGUGCGCUAAAGGGCAAUCAACCUCUCAAGACAAGUCUCUUCCACAAACCUUCACAGGCCCUGGGAGGAGCUCUCCAGCAAUACAGCACCUCCGCUCUCCGUGUUCAUGAACUACUUGCCCGAAGGGAGCUCUACACUUUUCCUACGGUUCAUAAUCAAGCACAACUUGGUGUCCAGAACUUCCAGCUCGUCGGCUCCAGCCUAGGACUUCUAUGCGUUAUCUCUGGUCUUCGCAUCUACCUGUACAACCCAUACUUCCGUUGGUUUCGCCAGGUAAAUAAUCUCCAGCUCCGUUCUAGGACGCAACUAUUGAAUCUGAGGAAUGCCGGCCUAGGUUUGCUCUGGGAACCCGAUAUUAGCGUAUCAGUUAGGGCCUCAGGAUUUGGCUUCGACCUAAACUCCCACCAAUUCAAGUUUAUGAGGGUUUUGGAGUACUUGAACAGCAAUUAUCAGGUUGUGGAGGUCUAUUCAAUCGCGUCCGGGGUUGUGCAAUCUGCUCCUUGGUCUUUGUUUGACCCCUUGCUCUGUAUGGAUCUAACACUUUUGUCCGCUUGUGAAGAAUCUCCACUUUUGCUAUCUGAAUCCGUGCACUUUGGAUCUGACAUUUUAGCCACCGCCGGUGAAAUUGAUUUGCAUAAUGUUUUGACGAAGAGGAUUUUUCUAUCUGCUCUGCAUUUUAGGAUCAACACAAGAUACAAGGCCUCUGCAGCUUCUGCCUUCAUAGUUCGAAUCUGCCGUUUACUUCAAUCGAACUGGAUCACAGUGAUUAUGGAAGGGAAGGUUAUACUGUUACAACUCCAAGAGGCAUUAGCAGAGGCAGUUUUGCUGGCUGAUCUGGAACAAGAUACGGUUGGCAUGGCAACCAAUAUUCCUCCCCAUAACCUCGGAGAGCUGGUCAAUGUCCUAUGCACUUUAAUUCACAACCCAGAAGCCACUUUGCAAGAACUCUUGGAGUACAUGCCAGGGCCUGAUUUCCCUACUGGAGGUCUAAUUAUGGGAAAUCUAGGGUAUGAGGAAGUGUAAUUCUGACUUUGUGCUUUCAAGCAUUGACUCAAAUCAUUACCCUUGCUUCUUCUUCUUUUGCUGCUAGAGAGAUCCCCCUAGAAUUUCUUACUAUAGUAUGCAUGGGAUUUUUAUUCCUAAUGUGGUAUCUUCUAAGCAUAGUGUAGGUAAUCAUGUUUAGUUUCGUUGAGGAAUGAGUAGUAUAAAAUGUGUGGGUACUGAUAUAUUUUAUUUUUAUUAUUGUGUCUGCCCGCUCUGUUCCACAAUACACCAGAAAGUUAAGAGUUUGUUAACAUGCUUUAUACAUCGUCAUCUGUGUGCCGUGAGGGAAAGAGAGAUGCCAAGAAGGAGUAUAGAUGGCGUAACUGAUAUCCGUGAUGAAAGUGAUCGUACUGCUGAAACGUGGAGCAGAACCAGCGCUUGUUUUGAAUAAACUUUAUCGUCUGACUCAACUUCAAUCUAGUUUUACCCGCAACAUGGUUGGGUCACCCUUCGUUUAUGGAGGAGAGAGAGUAAUGAGUUUGAGCAUGUUUUAAUAUAUGGAAGAGCAUGUAUUCUGGAUGGACAACCUAAACUGAUGGGACUGAAAGAAUUGCUUCAGACAUUUUUAGACGUUAGAUGCUCUGUUGUUGAGCGACGUGCGCGGUUCAAACUUUCACAAGCUCAAGAGAAGAGACACAUUGUUGAGGGUAUCGUGGUGGGCCUUGAUAAUUUGGAUCACAUUCUUCAAAUCAUUAAGGAAGCUUCCAGCAAUGCAGCUGCAUCGACUAGUCUAAUGAAUGAAUUCAAUAUUUCAAGUAAGCAAGCAGAAGCUAUAUUAGAUAUAAGCCUCCGAAGGCUCAUCCAUAUGGAGAGAAGUAAAUAUGUAGAUGAAAAGAAAUCUCUAACAGAACAAAUCUCAAAAUUAGAAGAACUACUAGCAAGCAAGGGGAAGAUGCUACAGCUGAUAGAACAAGAAGCUGUUGAGCUCAAGCACAAAUUUUCAAACCCAAGGCGCUCUAUGUUGGAAUAUUCGGAUGACGGCUAUUAGCGAAAAGGGUUAUGUUAAUCGGAUGAAGCCCAACACCUUUAAUCUGCAGAAACGUGGAACCAUUGGCAAAUCUGUCGGAAAAUUGAGAGUCAAUAAUGCAAUGUCAGAUUUUAUGGUCUGUCGAUCACAUGACCACAUUCUUUAUUUGAGUUUUCAGAGGAAGAGUGGCAUUUGGCAGCAGUCUUUGUGGUUGGUUUCUCACUAACAGAGGACUUUGAGAGUGAUGAACAAGUAGUUCUAGUAAGUCAAAGUGGCACCGUCAAUAGAAUCAAAGUUCGUGAUAUUUCAAUCCAGCCACGCUAUGCAAGGGGAGUGAUUUUGAUGCGGCUAGAGUACGCGGGGAAGAUUCAGUUAGCGUCGUUAAGAAGCAGACGAUGAAACAACAGGAACAACAAUAGAAGAUGAAGCAGCAGGACCUGUUUUGAUGGUUUCCCAGACCCAGUGAUCCUAAUUUGGAAUAUGGUGACGAACUUGUACAGCGGCUCCUUUUGUAAGUUGUCAUGUGUACUUAUCCGGAUACAAACUCUCGACUGUAGUCAAUAACUAACUAGUCAUCAUUUCCAUAAUGUUAAAUGGUGAUGGAAAAAUGAGAGACGUAAACCCCACGCUAGAUCUAGGAGGUGCCUCCCUAGGGGAAUUCUGAGUCGGGGAGCUGAGCUCACUGACUGCCCAUACCUGCCCCGUAAACUUUUAACUAUUUAUUAAUUACUAUAAAACAAAGAGAAAGCACAUUAUAAAUUAUUGGGCGGAGUUGUGCUGAUUUGUAUUCGAUUUUAUAUGGAGGACCGCUUUUGUUAUUUACCACUUAACCUAGCUGCUUGUGGAAAGGCCUAAGUAGGUUAGCCGAAACUCUCCUGUACUUACGUGAUGGGGAUUUCGGCUUCUCCCUGUAAGACUUGACGGAUUAGUGAAACUUUGCUUGAGAGCGCCGCUCUCCGUGGAGUAGUCCCGG